CAAAGACAUUUUCCCCUGACCCGGAUGUGUAAACGCGAUCCAUCCUCAACAUGCCUCUCAUUCAUUUCGUGUUUUUUCGUUUGUUUUGAAGGUAAAGUGUUGGCUUUUCUUUCCAAAUUACGUAAACCAAACGCAGAUGAGAUGUUUUAAGUACUACCCGGUCGUCAUUCCAUUCAGUUAAUACUUUAUUUUCAUGGACUAAUCUGAUGUUUGAAGAUACUGACGCUUUAUGGUCCAGUUCACGCGAAGUUUUCUUGUAGACAGUAAUCGAGAUAACGUUAGUCAACUGAAACACAACCCAGAGGAGGACUUCAACAGUUUCCCCCCCUGCUGCUCAUAAUGUCUUUAGCUGGUGCGCUGUGGUUUGCAGUUCAGGAUGAUUUAUUAACAAAUGGUGUAUGUAACAACACAACAUCAUCCAACAUCAGCAACAAAAAACCAGACAAACAGCCCAGCACCAGCGAGCCCAUCUCUGCUCCCGAGAUCCACUCUGUGCUGGGCGGACUGGACGAUCACUUCCUUUCACGCUGGUUACAUCUCAACCGACAGUGUCUGCGGUUCAUCAUCGAUUUCAUCCAGGCCCGUUUUAAAAAAGACAUAUUUGCGUCCAGCCACAAGCCGAACUUGUCCGAGGCCAACAUUCUGGCCGCACUUGCCUACUACGCACAGGGGUCUCUGCCAAAUAAAGUCACAGACCGUCUGAGAAUCGAUCAGAAAACAGCAUGCGAGGCGGUGAAGGCCACCACCAAACUCUUAUCAGACUUAACCCCCGAAUUCAUCACAUUCCCGAACAGUUAUAACGACCGCAUGGGUGCCGCACAAGCCUUCAAGAACCUGAGCGGCAUCCCGCAUGUGGUGGGAGUGUUGGGGUAUUUGCACAUAAGGGUGAGACCUCCCGUCUUGGAGGAACGCAUGUAUGUGAAUACUCUGGGUUAUCAUUCAAUCAUGGUGCAGGUCAUAUUCGACGCGGACGGGAAUCUCUUUAGUGUGGAGCAGUGCUGUCCUGGGGGAACUCCUGAACACUCUGUUUGGGAAAACUCGGACAUUGGCAGACAGUUCAGCAUAUUUCAACACGGGCACACGUGGAUCAUUGGUAGCCCAUCUCUUCUAGGAUGUGGACAUGUUUUGACCCCAGUGGAGACCAUUCGUAUAAAAAGCAACGCGGCUGUGCAAUUUAACAAAGCACACGCUCUGCUAUACAACAGUUCGCAGCAUGUCUUUGGUAGUUUGAAAAGCCGUUUCCAAUGCCUGCAAGACUUCGGCUCCAUCCAGUCACCCGAGUCUGUGGCAUGCAUGAUCAGAGCCUGCUGCGUCCUGCACAACAUCAGCAAGAAGUUCUCCGUGCCGUUACCUGCCGAUUUUAGCUUGGAGCCGCUCCAUCCGCCGUCAGAAGUGCUCAACAUCAUGGCAGAGCAGCAGUUUGACUACAUGGAAGACACUAAAGAUGAAAUGAUAGAAAUGUUUUUUAACACUACAGAAAACGAGGAUGACUCCGAGGCGACCAGAUCUAUGAGAGAAUACUUAUGAUCGCAAAAGAAAAGUCUGAAACCGUUAGUAUUUCAACUAUGCUGAGUGAAAUAAACAGACAUAUGCAUGCUGAUGCCAGCCGAUUGGUUAUAUACACAAGCUUUAUUAAUUACACAGUUGAUUCAAAUAAGUUAAUGCUAAUUCGCUAACAUUCAUCAACAAGUAAUAUGAAUAAAAAAACGUAUGGAAGGCUAUAAAAUUAGCUCAUUCAAUACUACAAGUUUGUUACAAGAAGAAGUACUCCAGUAGUACCAUGGGUUCAGUGAUGCUAACAAUAGGUGCUGCUUUGGAUUUAAAUACAGAUUGGGUGAGUUUUGACUAGGCGAAAUGGAACGGCUGAAGAUAGUACAUUUCCUGUGUCAAUAGUACAGUUGUCAGCCAUGAAAGGCAGUAUUAGAAAUAUAGAGUUUAUUACCCCAUAUGUAAUGCAAAGUUAUUUUUCACCCAACUUGUGUAUACCAAUUUCAAAGAACUGUGAUGGAUGCAUCCAUAAUGUUGUUCUUACCACAUGUUGUUCACUUUUUCUUUUACACAUUUAUGUUGAUUACUUGCUUUGAAGACAUAACAUGUUUGUGCAAUACAGUAAUACAUAUGUAUUUC